UAGUCUAGAAACGUUGGUGCGAAGUACGAGCCAGCCAGCGCUGAGCCAGCAGAUUGCGAGUUACUUGUGCUUGUAAUUGUGUGUAACCGUUGGUGAAUCAACGUCGCUCAGCGAGCGCUGAAGACGUCGAGGACCACUGCGAGGCAUGUCUGUGAACACUGCUCAUGCGCCGGGCGGCGUUCUCAUCUUCAAAGGCGAGUUCAUUCUGCUCUACUGUGACGGAGUGGAGCUGACGUUUGAGGGCUCUGAUGCGCAUCAGUUCCAUGGCACCAAGAAAGGACGCAUCUACCUCACCACGCACCGGAUGGUCUUCACUAACAGCAACAGCAAGGAUUUUCUGCAGUCGUUCAGCUUUCCUUUCUUCACCAUGAGCAACUUGGACCUGGAGCAGCCCAUCUUCGGUGCAAACUACAUCAAGGGCACUGUCAAGGCUGAGCAGAAUGGCAACUGGACGGGAAAGUGCACGUUCAAGCUGAAGUUCAUGAAAGGAGGUGCAAUUGAGUUUGGCCAGACCAUGAUGGAAGCGGGGAGGACAGCGUCCCAGCACGCAGCUGGAAUGGCUCCUCCGCCCUACUUCCCGCCCCCAGGCCCUUACUACUGCCCCCCUCCGCCUGCGUACACGCCCGGCCAAGGGGUGGACUACGGCUUCAACAUUCCCUACAAUGUGUUUCCCGAUGCCCCCCCAGCCAACUCUGUUUUCAUGAGCGACAUGCUACCCCCGUACCCGGGCAUCAAUGGCCCACCCCAGUACUACCCGGGUGGCGGCUACCCAGCAGGGGCGCCGCCAAGCUACCCCAACGGUGCACCGCCUAGUAGUCCUGCACCGGCACCAGGAUUCACCGUGGCCGGGUAUGCGGGUCCUGCUUCCACACAAUCUUCUGGACCAUAUCAGUCAGCAGCAGCCAUGGCCAAGGCAGCCGAGGCAUCGCAGAACUCUGCUUACUACAACCCGGUCAACCCCGGUUUCAUGUAUGUGCCAGCAGCUCCGCCAUCCUUUGACCAGGCCAGUGCACCACCGGAGGGACCACCGCCACCAUACUCCGAGGGUUCCAAGAAGACAAACUAAGGACGGCCGGGCUGUCUCUCGCAUGCACAUCCUUCCUCCACGCCUCAUUAUGAAGUGUGUUAGUUUAACCUGGCUGGGAUGACAACAUUGUCCUCCACUCCGACUAAAACAGUGAAAUAAACACAAUGCUAUUAAUAAUGUACAGGGAACACCUGCACACCAGUUCUCGCCAUGUUCACCGGGUGUGGUGUUUGGCAUCGUGUAUUGCAGGACUGACGCUGUGGCACGGAGUCUUUGUUGAAGUGGUUCUGGUCAUGUGUACGGAUGCUGUACGGUUUUGUGUAAUAAAGUUGUUUAUGUUAGUUCCACCACA